AUGGGAAACGACGGGGGUACCAUUGCAAAACGACUGGAUUUGUUAGCUUUGCAUUCUCGAAAUGUGGAAUUCCAAAAAGCAGACGAUAACGAAGCUUCGCUCAUCACAACCUGUGCCAUUUCAUCACUUCCUCUCUACUCAGAAAAGGAAGAUAUACCCAUAGUAGGAGACUACAAGGGCAGACUCUACAGAAAAGAAAAGAUACUUGAGUAUAUUCUUUCGUUGAAGCUUGGAGAAGCGGAUCCGGAUAAAUCUGAACAGUACAACUAUAUACGAUCGUUGAAAGACUUGGUCGAUGUCAAAGUUAAAUGGACAAUCAGCAAUGGCACUCCUUAUAUUCAGUGCCCUGUGACGAUGGAACUGAAGCAGGAGAAGAUCUCGUAUGCCUAUCUUCGAACAUGUGGAUGUGUCUUGUCGUUCAAGUUGCUAGAAGAUCUUGCUGUACAUUUUGGUGUAGGAGAUGAACCUAUAAAAAGCGAAUGUCCCAAUUGUGGAGAAGUUUUUCAUUUCAAUUACGAUAUUGUAGUGCUAAAUCCGCUUGCAAAGCAGCAGUACAACGCUUGGAAUGACAAGAAUUAUGUCUAUAUCACUGAGACUCUUAAAAGGAGCCAUGCUAAACAGCUAAAGAAAAAGUCCAAGUCGGACAGUAACGCACCCAAGAAAAGAAGAGCUGAAAAGGAUUCCAUUAAUAAAAAGAGACAAAAGAAGUGA